CCGGCACAACAGCUGAACUGGAACCCAAACCAACACAUUGUUAUCAGCAAUAACCCUGACCCACUUAAUCUAGAGAUAAGUCAGCUCGAGCUACAAUACCACUUUCUCUCAGACGCAAACACAGUAACACAUUGGAGCGCCAUGGAGGUGGACGAACUGAUCAGCAACUCUAAGCUGCUCAAACACUGGCCAAGUUUUCUGAUUGCCCUGGGUCUGAUUUGGAUCCUCAAAGAUGCGUUCUACAAAUGGAGUCGAGGACCCCAAAAAUAUACCCUGGAGAACCGAGAGGAAGACAAGGAUGAAGAUUUGGAAGAUCUGGAAGAUGAGCUGCAGAAACCCCAGAGAUAUACCCUAGAGAACCGAGAGGAAGACGAGGAUGAAGAUUUGGAAGAUUUGGAGGAUGAGCUGCAGCCUGCAUUGGAGGAAAAGCCCCAUGUGCCGUACGUGCCUGGCAAGAAUCUCAAUUCAAAUGGUGCGGAUAUCUUCUAUGAACUUAUGAGAGGGCGACGUAGCAUUCGCUCCUUUAAAAGCCAUCCAAAACCAGAUAUCAGCAUUAUAGAGGACUGCAUUCGGGCAGCGGGAACUGCUCCAAGUGGUGCUCAUACAGAACCUUGGACAUUCUGCGUCGUGGAAAACCCAAGAAUAAAACAAUCCAUCAAAGAAAUUGUGGAGCAGGAGGAGCUUAUCAACUAUAGUCAGCGAAUGCAUCCACAGUGGGUCACAGAUCUGCGACCCCUGCAAACCAAUCAUGUUAAGGAUUACCUCACAGAUGCCCCAUACCUCAUUCUGAUCUUCAAGCAGAUCUAUGGGUUAUCGGAGGACGGAACGCGGAAGCGACACUAUUACAACGAGAUAUCUACUUCGAUUUCGGCUGGUAUCCUUUUGGGAGCUCUUCAAGCUGCAGGACUUUCGUCCCUGGUCACAACACCUUUAAACUGCGGCCCUGCAUUGAGAUCCCUGCUCAAGCGUCCCAUAAAUGAAAAACUUCUUAUCCUUCUGCCGGUGGGUUAUCCAAAAGACGGCUGCAAAGUGCCAGAUUUGAAAAGAAAGAAUUUGUCGGACAUUAUGGUUACAUUUUAGGUAUUAUUAAGUUUUUGAAAACCUUAAAUUAACAAU